AUUUUGUGAAUUGUGACUUUAGGCACCGAUUUGACAGUUCGGUAACCUCAACAGCCGCUUUUAACGUAUUCUGUUAUUUUAUUGUUUUUUUCAAUUAAAAUCAUGUCAGAUUCCGACGAUUUGGAAAGUGCGUUGUUACUGGCGGCCGCAGAAUCGGAUUCUAGAAACAUCCAGCCAGAAAUCGAGGAAAAAACUGAGGAAUUUAUAGAGGAAGUUGUUGAGCAAAAAUCAUCUCCCAAAACUUUAAAGAGAAAAACUCCUGAAACUGCUGAAGAACCUAGCACGAAAUUACUGCAUAGCAAUGAAGGUUUUGCGAAGGUUGUGGCUUACCAUUACAAUCAAUUGGAGGAGAAGGGGCAAGCUGAACGGUCUAAAUCUCGUAUUGUGCAUUUAAGAAAUUUUCACAAUUGGAUUAAAAGUAUGCUGAUAUCGGAAUUUAUUUCGAAGAUUAGGGGCAGCAAAUACAAUGAACCCAUCCGUGUGUUGGAUUUGGGGUGUGGAAAAGGAGGGGACUUAUUUAAAUGGCAAAAAGCCAACAUAAAACAUCUGAUAUGCUCCGACAUCGCCGAAGUCUCCUUAGAACAAUGCAAACAGAGGUACACUGAUAUGAAGCAUAGAAAUAACAGAAAUCGUAACGGCGACGUUUUUUCCAUUGAAUACAUCCCAGCGGAUUGCACCAAAGCUAGGUUAAGAGAAAAAUACAACGACCCCUCGUUGAGGCUCAACUUGGUCAGUUGUCAGUUCGUGUUUCACUACAGUUUCGAGUCCUUACCGCAGGCAGAGAGAAUGUUUAUGAAUGCCGCGGAAUGUUUGCAACCGGGGGGUUAUUUCAUCGGCACCAUGCCCGAUUCAAACGAUAUUAUCGCUAGAGCGAAAAAAAACAACACCAGAACGUUCGGGAACGAUUUGUUCGAAGUGUCUUUGGAUUUCGAUACGAAUGAUCCCCCUUUGUUUGGGGGGAAGUAUCACUUUCAACUGGACGGCGUGGUGGACUGCCCGGAGUUUUUAGUGCAUUUUCCUACGUUCGUGGAGCUAGCCAAAAAGUACGGGCUCAAGUUGGAGAGAAAGGAAAAGUUCUACGAUUUUUACGAGAGAGUCAAGGAGGACGGAAUGCAGUUAUUGACGAACACGAGGAGUUUCGAGGCUUACCCCCCUCCGGAAGGCUCAAGCUUGGUGGGCACUGCCAAAGACGAUUAUUAUCAUGCCGAUGAGUAUUUGAAAAGUAAAGGGAACGUCCAAAUAGGAACCCUUUCGAAAUCCGAAUGGGAAGCUUCAUCUCUAUACCUAACUUUUGUGUUUGUAAAAGUAAAACCAACUUCAUGGAAGAGUGAUGGGACUCCAACUUACGAUAUUUAG